AUAAAGUUUUGCAAACGUUGUAAAAAAUCCAUCGAUGAUAAUUUUGAUUCUGAAUCUAAUGAAUCUGUAACAUUAUCUUCAAUAACUGAAGAAUCUCAAACCUCUCAUCAAAACAAAGGAAUUUUUGAUGAUGUGAUUAAAAAAUAUUCUUCAAAAUACAUCUCAUCCCAAUCUGGAACAGUGGAAAAUGAAUAUAUUUUUUGGUCUGAUAACGAAUUGCAAAUGAACAAUA